CCCGGCGGCGGGGUGGGUGGCUCUGCGCCGGCUACUGCCCCGGACGCCGGCUCAGCGCCCCUCGCCCCCCGGCUGCUGGACGGGGCCGCUCGGUCUGACAUGAGGCCGUGAGCCUGCACCGCUGCCGGCUGAGACACAUGAGGAAGAAGUGGCUAGUUCCAUUAUGUGUGCGUCAGCCAAAUAUAACACCCGGGGUCCAGCCCUCAUCCCAAGAAUGAAGACCAAGCACCGCAUCUACUACAUCACACUCUUUUCCAUUGUUCUGCUUGGCCUUAUUGCCACGGGUAUGUUCCAGUUCUGGCCACACUCCAUCGAGUCAUCCAGUGAUUGGACAGUGGAAAAGCGCAGUGUCCAUGAUGUACCUGUAGUCAAGCUUCCUCCUGACAGCCCCAUCCCAGAACGGGGAGAUCUCAGCUGUAGGAUGCACACCUGCUUUGAUGUCUAUCGCUGUGGCUUCAACCCCAAAAACAAGAUUAAGGUCUAUAUCUAUUCACUGAAGAAAUAUGUGGAUGAGUAUGGGAUGCUGGUUAGCAACACUAUCUCUCGGGAGUACAACGAGCUGCUGACUGCUAUCUCUGACAGUGACUUCUACACAGAUGAUGUCAACCGGGCCUGCCUCUUUGUGCCGUCCAUAGAUGUGCUGAACCAGAACACGCUCCGCAUCAAGGAAACUGCUCAAGCCUUGGCACAGUUAUCCAGGUGGGAUCGAGGCACAAACCACCUGCUGUUCAACAUGCUGCCUGGGGGGCCACCUGACUACAACACAGCACUGGAUGUUCCCAGAGAUAGAGCCCUGUUGGCUGGAGGAGGCUUCUCCACGUGGACCUAUCGGCAAGGCUACGAUGUCAGUAUUCCUGUUUACAGCCCUUUGUCUGCAGAGGUGGAGCUGCCAGAGAGGGGACCAGGUCCUCGUAGGUACUUCAUCCUGUCAUCCCAAAUGGCUCUUCACCCGGAAUACCGUUCUGACUUGGAGGCUCUUCAGGUUGAGAACAGAGAGUCUGUGCUGAUCCUGGACAAAUGCACAAAUCUGUCAGAGGGAGUUCCUUCUGUUCGUAAACGUUGCCACAAGAACCAGGUCUUUGAUUACCCUCAGGUGCUUCAGGAAGCCACAUUCUGCAUCGUUCUGCGUGGUGCUCGCCUGGGACAAGCUGUGCUAAGUGAUGUACUUCAGGCUGGCUGUGUCCCUAUUGUUGUUGCUGACUCCUAUGUUUUGCCUUUCUCUGAAGUUCUGGACUGGAAGAGAGCCUCUGUUGUGAUACCUGAAGAAAAGAUGCCUGAAAUGUACAGCAUUCUGCAAAGCAUUCCUCAGCGGCAGAUUGAGGAGAUGCAGAGACAGGCAAGGUGGUUCUGGGAAGCGUAUUUUCGGUCGAUGAAAGCUAUUGCUCUGGCCACCCUUCAGAUUAUCAAUGACAGGAUCUACCCAUAUGCUGCCAUGUCUUACGAAGAAUGGAAUGAUCCCCCAUCUGUUAAAUGGAGCAGUGUGAGCAACCCACUCUUCCUUCCAUUAAUCCCACCACAGUCUCAAGGCUUCACUGCUAUAGUCCUGACGUAUGACAGGGUGGAAAGCCUCUUCCGAGUCAUCACUGAGGUGUCCAAGGUGCCCAGUCUAUCCAAGCUGUUAGUCGUCUGGAACAAUCAGAAUAAGAAUCCACCAGAAGACUCUCUAUGGCCAAAGAUUCGGGUUCCACUGAAGGUUGUGAAGACCACAGAAAACAAGCUUAGUAACCGCUUCUUCCCCUAUGAUGAGAUUGAAACGGAGGCAGUCUUGGCCAUUGAUGAUGAUAUCAUCAUGUUGACCUCUGAUGAACUGCAGUUUGGUUAUGAGGUUUGGCGGGAGUUUCCUGAUAGGCUGGUUGGGUAUCCAGGUCGCCUGCAUCUGUGGGACCAUGAGAUGAACAAAUGGAAGUAUGAAUCAGAGUGGACCAAUGAAGUCUCCAUGGUGCUUACUGGAGCAGCUUUUUAUCACAAGUAUUUUAACUACCUUUACACCUACAAAAUGCCUGGAGACAUCAAGAACUGGGUGGACGCCCACAUGAAUUGUGAAGAUAUCGCCAUGAAUUUUCUAGUGGCAAAUGUUACUGGCAAAGCGGUUAUUAAGGUGACCCCGCGAAAGAAGUUUAAAUGUCCAGAGUGCACAGCCAUAGAUGGAUUGUCGCUGGACCAGACACACAUGGUGGAAAGGUCUGAAUGCAUCAAUAAGUUUGCCUCUGUCUUUGGGACCAUGCCCCUGAAAGUGGUGGAGCAUCGUGCUGAUCCUGUCCUGUACAAAGAUGACUUCCCUGAGAAACUGAAGAGCUUCCCCAACAUUGGCAGUUUGUAAAAGGCAGCUCGGAGGCAAACUUGAGUAUAAAAACCAAUGAGAGAAAAAAGAUGACCAAUGCCAAGAUGAGCCUUAGGCCUUGAAGGAAAAUGCCAUCAUGUGGGUUAUAACUGAGGGGAAGAGGAUUAAUGCCAGGUUCUGAUAUAUUAAUCCGUCCUUCACAAUACACAGAACAGUAAUGCAGAGCGCUGCACCUAUUUCUGUAUUACACACACAUACAGGACAGGCUCUAUGCUUGGGUCUACUGAAAAUGCCAAACACUUGUUUUCCAGUGGAGGCUGCUUAUGCAGAAGAAUAAAGCAGAAUCUUGCUGUGUUAAGGGGUGCCUUGCAUGACUUCCCCAUUCUGUUAAAUACAUUCUUUUGGUUUGAUGCAACUACCAGUAUAAAUGCCAACUGCCUUCAAUACUGGCUACAACAUGUAUCCAGCCUGUUUUUCCCCUUAUGAGGCUGGCAUGCCUUCCUCCAUUGAGGUUAGUUGUUGGCUUUAAGUAAUUGAGCAACAAAGAUCCCUGCCUGUCUCUUUUGCUUAGCAAGAUAAAUGUUUUUUUUUUUUAAAUAAAAAUAAAAAUCCAAUCUUUUGUUGUAGAGUUUAGGGGGCUAAACAUUUUUGCAUUAAAUGAAAAAUAUUUCAAUGGGAAUUGAUGCAGAUAACAGCCAAGGGGAUGGUCUCCUUAAUUUAAAGACUUAGAUAUCCCUACAAUCACUACACCUCUCAUAUGUAUGUAUAAAUCUCAGGUUUUUUGCUAUACUCAUAGAAGAGAAGUCCAUUCAAUAUAAAAGACAUUUUCCUCUCCAUAAAAUGUAUCUUCUGGCCUUACUAUGUUUUGCUGUCCCCAAAGCUCUUCCUUAUCAAGAUGGAACAGUUGUUUGUUCAUAUAGCAUAUCCACGUACAGGGGUAACCGCUAAAAUGGAUUUUGUAUAUGUGAACCCUCUUCAGAAAACAAUGUGCUGUAGGAUAGAUUGUCAUACACCUCAAUGUGCAGGAAUUCCACUUUACAGCUGGUGUGUGUAUGUGCAGUAUAUUAACACAUACACCUCUACGCUGAUAAACACGACCCGCUAUAACAUGAAUUUGGAUAUAACGCAGGGGGCGGGGCUGCGCAGUCCAGCAGAUCAAAGCAAGUUUGAUAUAAUGCGG